AAAGGAAUGAUGCAGGCAAAACGUACCUUCAAAGGAAACUACUUCCAAACGUACUACAGCAUCAACACAAACCUUACUGAAUGUAAUUUUGAAUAUGGCUGCGAAGAACAUCCUUGUGUAUUUGCCAAUAACAAUAUCAACUGCCAGUGUGGAGAAGGCUACACAUUAGGUCUCGGGAAGUGUAAUGAUAUCAAUGAAUGCAAUAAUCCCGAUAGCAAUAACUGUACACAAGAAUGUAUUGACACAGCAGGAAGUUACGAGUGCGCAUGCUUCAGCGGCUACGUCAUGAAUGACACAGACUGCGGCCAUAAUUGUUCCUGUUUCAAUGGGUUCUAUUGGAAUGAAACAACCUGCCUCGACAUCGAUGAAUGUACAGUAAACAGGUCUUUAAACAACUGCAGUCAGGAAUGCAACAAUUUUCCUGGUGGAUAUGACUGUUCUUGCUUUGAUGGGUUUGUUUGGAAUGGAUCAAUUUGCCUCGAUAUCAAUGAAUGUCAGAACAGUUCUUUGAAUAAUUGCAGUCAAAGAUGUAACAAUUUUCCUGGUGGAUUUAACUGUUCUUGUUUCAACGGGUUCUUUGGGAAUGGAACAACCUGCCUCGAUAUCAAUGAAUGUGAAGUAAACAGUUCUUUGAACAACUGCAGCCAAAAAUGUAACAACUUUCCUGGAGGAUUUGCUUGUUCCUGUUUUUACGGAUACAUUUUUAAUGGAUCCGAUUGUAUUGAUGUGAAUGAGUGUGUAAACAGGUCUUUAAACAACUGCAGUCAGGAAUGCAACAAUUUCCCUGGUGGAUAUAACUGUUCUUGCUUUGAUGGGUUUGUUUGGAAUGGAUCAAUUUGCCUCGAUGUGAAUGAAUGUCAGAACAGUUCUUUGAAUAAUUGCAGUCAAAGAUGUAACAAUUUUCAUGGUGGACAUGAUUGUUUCUGUUUCAAUGGCUUUUAUCUGAACAGUGCAAAUGGAUCAGAAUGUGUAGAUAUCAACGAAUGCACAGAAGGUUCACACAACUGUUCCCAGGAUUGUGUGAACAAUGAAGGAGGGUUCGAAUGCGAAUGCUUCAGUGGGUAUGUUAUGAAUGGAACAUUUUGUGAAGAUAUCAAUGAAUGUGAGAACACUACUUUAAACAACUGCAGCCAGGAUUGUUAUAAUUUACCGGGGAGUUUUGACUGUAAUUGUCAAAUGGGUUACAGAUGGAACGGAACGACGUGCAACGACGUUGACGAAUGUUCCAAUACAACGCACAUCCCUUGUCCUCAAGACUGUAUCAACUCGAUCGGCAGCUACGAGUGUGUAUGUUUUCAAGGAUUUAUACAAAAUGGGACAAAUUGUGACGACAUUAAUGAGUGUCUUAAUACGACAUUACACAAUUGUAGCCAACAGUGUAACAACUUCCCGGGUGGUUUUAACUGUUCUUGUUUCGAUGGAUAUGUUUGGAACGGAACAGAUUGUCUAGAUGUCAACGAGUGUUUGAAUGACACACUGCAUAAUUGUAGCCAAGAAUGUGAAAAUGUACCGGGAGGAUUCAGUUGUAGAUGUUUUGAUGGCUACAUCUGGAAUGGCACAGAUUGUAAUGAUAUCAACGAGUGUUUAAACAAGUCCCUUCACAAUUGUAGUCAGAAAUGCGACAAUACUGCUGGCGGAUUCGAUUGCUCGUGUUUCGAUGGAUAUUUUCUAAAUGACACGUUCUGUGCAGAUAUCAACGAAUGCUUAGAUACUAGAAUGCACAACUGUAGUCAGAAAUGUGAGAAUAUUCCGGGAGGUUUUAACUGUAGCUGUUUCUCAGGUUAUCUAUGGAACGAAACUGUUUGUGUUGACAUCAAUGAAUGUUCCAAUUCCUCGAUGAACAAUUGUUCUCAGAAGUGUGUCAAUUCAGAUGGAGGUUUUCAGUGUGAAUGUUAUUCGGGAUAUGUCGGCGACGGGUUUACAUGUGAGGAUGUAAAUGAAUGUUUAAAUGCCGAUGAGAACAAUUGUAGUCAGGAAUGUUAUAACUAUCCUGGAGAAUUUAACUGUAGUUGUUUCCCCGGAUUUCAGUGGAAUGACAGCGCUUGUAUUGACAUUAACGAGUGUUUGAAUUCGUCAAUAAGCGGAUGCGAUCAGGAUUGUUUGAACAGUGUUGGAAGUUACAGCUGCAUUUGCUUCGACGGAUUCCAGUUGAACGACACGAUUUGUCAGGACAUUAAUGAAUGUGAAAAUUUUACAUUGAACAAUUGUAGUCAAGAAUGUUCGAAUUUCCCCGGUGGCUACGACUGUUUUUGUUUCAACGGCUACCGACAAAACGGAUCAGAAUGUGUAGAUAUCAACGAAUGCACAGAAGGUUCACACAACUGUUCCCAGGAUUGUGUGAACAAUGAAGGAGGGUUCCAAUGCGAAUGCUUCAGUGGGUAUGUUAUGAAUGGAACAUUUUGUGAAGAUAUCAAUGAAUGUGAGAACACUAUUUUAAACAACUGCAGCCAGGAUUGUUAUAAUUUACCGGGGAGUUUUGACUGUAAUUGUCAAAUGGGUUACAGAUGGAACGGAACGACGUGCAACGACGUUGACGAAUGUUCCAAUACAACGCACAUCCCUUGUCCUCAAGACUGUAUCAACUCGAUCGGCAGCUACGAGUGUGUAUGUUUUCAAGGAUUUAUACAAAAUGGGACAAAUUGUGACGACAUUAAUGAGUGUCUUAAUACGACAUUACACAAUUGUAGCCAACAGUGUAACAACUUCCCGGGUGGUUUUAACUGUUCUUGUUUCGAUGGAUAUGUUUGGAACGGAACAGAUUGUCUAGAUGUCAACGAGUGUUUGAAUGACACUCUGCAUAAUUGUAGCCAAGAAUGUGAAAAUGUACCGGGAGGAUUCAGUUGUAGAUGUUUUGAUGGCUACAUCUGGAAUGGCACAGAUUGUAAUGAUAUCAACGAGUGUUUAAACAAGUCCCUUCACAAUUGUAGUCAGAAAUGCGACAAUACUGCUGGCGGAUUCGAUUGCUCGUGUUUCGAUGGAUAUUUUCUAAAUGACACGUUCUGUGCAGAUAUCAACGAAUGCUUAGAUACUAGAAUGCACAACUGUAGUCAGAAAUGUGAGAAUAUUCCGGGAGGUUUUAACUGUAGCUGUUUCUCAGGUUAUCUAUGGAACGAAACUGUUUGUGUUGACAUCAAUGAAUGUUCCAAUUCCUCGAUGAACAAUUGUUCUCAGAAUCAAGAAUGUUCGAAUUUCCCCGGUGGCUACGACUGUUUUUGUUUCAACGGCUACCGACAAAACGGAUCAGAAUGUGUAGAUAUCAACGAAUGCACAGAAGGUUCACACAACUGUUCCCAGGAUUGUGUGAACAAUGAAGGAGGGGUUCGAAUGCGAAUGCUUCAGUGGAUGGAACGGAACGACGUGCAACGACGUUGA